AUGACUUCAGCUACUUCAGAAACUUCAACCAAGUCGUCGGUACUUGAGCCACGGCUAAGGGACUCGGAUCUUAGAUUUAUCUCACUAAAUAUGUUUGGAAAGGAUACUUUGAAAGACUUGCAUUCUCCAAUAAAGCCAAAGGUUGCCGGCUCUAAUAUAGGUCUAAUAAAUGAUGCAACAACAUGGGAGAUGAUAGUAUUCGAUUUUAGGAGAAGAAUACUAUCGUUAUUGUUUUGGUGCUACAGUAUUCUUCUUGAAAUUUCAGGUAUGUCUUCUGAACUAAGCAUUAUUCUUGCUAAUCUGUUUUGGACCGUUUUCUCCUCCGUGUUUUUAAAUUUUGAACAACUAGAAAGGGACUUCUCAUAUAUUCAACAUGAGCAAAAACGGAGUGGAAGAACUGCUUCAUCCACCAUUGAGAGUGCACUUGCUUUUGGGAAUAGUAUCCGUGAGUUACCUUUAAAGUUUAGACGCAGUCUCUGGAAAAGAGUUUUUCGCAGCAGAUUUCCAAACAGCCGGUUUGCGAUACAACUAGCAGCUGGAAAAGGUCCAUUUCCAGAAACUAUUGGAUUUGUAUUUGAUAUGUUUCCUUUAGUUGUUCAACCUCCCCCUGAAAUUCCUGUUCCGUACUUAGAUGCCAACAAGAAAAUGAUAAUUCCAGAUAAGAAGGAAGUGAGUAUAGUGCUUAGAGCGAGGGCGGAAUGGUCGGCAGCUCAACAUACUCAUAAGGCAACGGAAACUCUGAGAGUAUGUUCUGAAGCAGCUAAAGUCAUUGUUUGGUCUGCUUGCAUUGGUGUAAGCAAUGUUGUGUGCCAUGAGAUUAAUGGCUACGCGUGGAGAAAUAUGGAAACUCUAAUUUCCUUGGUGAAACUAGAACUAGCGUCUUUAGAUAGAAAGAACAGUAAUGAGACGUUGAAGAUUCCUGAUUAUAUAAGUUUUGUGAAUGUCAUCACGAGGCAGAUGAAAACUCUUGCAGAGUACAAUCUACAAUCUGGGGCGUUUUCUGAAACUUCCGUUGCUCUUGAAGGAAGAUAUCCCCUUUCGGAAAAAAGCCCACUUCUCAGUUCCAGUGAUUUAAAUAGAGCCACCUCUACAUCCUCAUCCGAUACCCCUGUUCAUCUUACUGUUUUUCUUACUUCCGGGUCAAAAUGGACGGAUUAUGAUAAAAUUGUGAAGCUUGCCCAGGAUCUCAUAUCCACAUCUCCCAAAAAGAGAUCCAAAAGUUUGGGUGAAGUGAAAUUUGCUAGCGUCGCUAAUAUAUCCAACGCAUAUUAUCCCUCUCCGGAAAUUCUUCUGAAAUACACCUCAGCCCGACAAAUUGCCGGAUCAAUUAGUGGUUUCCCAUUGCAUCCAACAGAUAAUGAUCUUAAGAUCUUUUCCGUUCAAACGAGACCUGCAAAUUUUCCGGAUUUUGUUAGAGUAAUAAACGGUUAUUCAGAGAAACCCCCUACACAAUACGGUUCUGAUGUCAUUACAGCCUAA